CAUUUGGUUUUGCGUCUACGAAUCGGCAACUUCAAAGAAAAUUUUAAAAGAAAAAAAAAAGAGAAAAUAUUUAAAAUUAUACUAAAAAGAUUGUGUAAUGAUACAGAAACCGGAAAAUACCAAUAAAAUUAUUUUGGCAGCGUUUACGACACUACAUUUUACGUCGACGCUUGCCUUCCAGUUCCAAGGCAUCCAGAGUGAUUAUAAUGUGGAUUUGACGUCGAAUCAUUCGGAUCACGUCAAACGUGAUGAAAUCAUAGCAAAGGAGAGAAAUACAAGACUCAGUCUACUCACUUCGAUUAUGUCGUCGCUUCUCCUCCAGGAUAAGGAAAAUAUCAAUCAUAGAACCAGAUCCGUAAUCGUACCUCAACACAACAGCAAACAUAGCUAUUUAAAGAAAAUAGAGAAAAGAAUAAAUAGAGUACCACUAACUGAAAUGGCGGCUUGCCCUAGUAACUUUAAAUGGGUUCAAUUGGAUACAGCUGAAACAUUGAACGAAGAGAGAGUAAAAGUUACAAAAACUAUUCCUUUUCCUAGAGCCAAAUAUGAACAGUAUUUUUACGUGGAAGAGUGUAAUAAUACCGAUUCAAAUUGGCAUUCAAUCACUCAUCGAGAACUGCAAAGAGAAUGUCCCGACUGCUGUUACGGAAUAAAUCAUAAAAAAUUCUUAUCGUCCUGUAAACAGCAAACAUCUUUUGUUCAGGCAUUCAUUGAACCACUUCACGGAGGAUCAAUUUCGUUGAAUUACAUUCGAGUAAAUACGACAUGCCAAUGCCACAUUCUGCCGAAAACUGCCGGAUCCUUAGAAGAUGUACACAUACCUAAGUAGAUAAGAAUAUUUAAAAGAGAAGAUAUUAAAUCGAAAAAGACUACUACUUCUAAAUACUAAUACUACUACUACUAUUAUUAUUACUAUUACUAUUUCAUUGGAACGAAAAAACAAGAAAAAAUGAACAUUUUAUCUAAAAAACAGAAGAAAAAAGUAAUUAAUUGUCCGUUGUGAAAUCAUAAUCGAUCUGAAAAAAAAUAAAAUCUUGAAAUUCCAA